CACCUCCUCCAAAAAGUUACUUUCCAUUACAUCAAAGAUCAGCACUUUCAAGAUCUUGCAUGUUUAAUCGUGGGCGUCUCGUAAGGGAAAUUAGUUGCAAUUCGAUGUUUUGCGUAGAGUGAUGGCCAUAAUCAAAAAGUAGGUCUAAUGACGCAUUUGAUUUACUCAAUAGAGUUUGCAGGGAACAGGCUCGCUCUUGCAGCAUAUCCCACUUUCUCCAUGACCAAAAGCAGUCUGAAUUCUCUUGAAUUGACAGAUAAAACGUGACAUUUUUCUGACGGACCUGAUUCAGGAAAUUAACUUCAAAUAAUUUUGCACACGAUAACAGAGACUACAUAACCCAAAAUAUUAUGAUGCUAUACUUUGUGUUACUUUUCCUACCGUAUGUCCUCAGUGUACGAACGCGAAUGGUACUCCCAAGAUAUGAAACGUUUAGUGCAAGAAAUGUGAACAGAGAUAGUCAUAAAGUCCUUACAGUAGAGGGGAAAGAAUGUAAAUUCCCAUUCCGUCAUGGAGGAAGCAUUCACCAUCACUGUAUCACCAUCAGCUUCUCCAGCUCUUGGUGUUCUCUGACGCACAACUUUGAUCGGGACUUUCUCUGGGGAUACUGUGCACCUGCGAACACUCAACCCAUUGUGUUCGUCCACUCAUCACGCAGAUUCACAGACCCUUGUCAGGUGAAUCCAUGUCAAAAUGGCGGCAUCUGCACUCUGGUCCCCCGCAGACGCUCCUUCGAGUGCUCCUGUCCAGAGAGCUUCACUGGGAGGCACUGUGAUCAGAGGAAGUGCUAUGAAACCAUACACCUGAGAUAUUAUGACAUUGGAAAAUCAUGGGGAAGGAUCUACCUUCGUAACGUGGAACGGUGCACAUGUGUGGACGGGGAGAUCUCCUGUGAGAGAGUCCGCUAUACUGUCUGCAGUGAGAACCCCUGUGAGAACGAUGGUACGUGCCGACUCAUCACAACCACCAGGGAGGAGGUGUGUGCCUGCAGGCCUGGCUACAGUGGACCCUACUGUAGCAUUGCUUCUUUGCGGAGAGUGGUUCCAUUGCCACAGCUGCCAUCGCCAGCUAAUGUCCUUCCUGACACCAACCAAACCAAGCCAGACAAGAAGCCUGUGUGCGGAAAGAGGAACAAUAAGAGGAUAUCGGUGGCCAGGGGUCGUAUCCUGGGUGGCAGCUCUGCCCUGCCCGGUACCCAUCCCUGGAUGGCAGCCCUCUACAUAGGAGAUGACAUCUUUUGUGCGGGUACCCUGGUCUCGUCCUGCUGGGUGGUCUCUGCUGCCCACUGCUUCUUCCGCAGUCCCCUUGUGUCAAAGAUUCGUGUGAUUCUGGGUCAGCAUAAGUUCAACGUUACGACUCCUGACACCAAAACCUUUGGAGUGGAGAAGUACAUCUUUCCAGAGCGCUUCUCUGUUUUCAAUCCAACUCUCCAUGACAUUGUUCUUGUGAAACUGAAAAAACAAGAUGGCCGCUGUGUAAAAAAGAGCCCGUUUAUACGGCCAAUCUGCCUGCCCAAUAAAGACAUGACCUUCCCGGACCAAUACUGCUGUCAGAUUACUGGCUGGGGCCACAUGCAUGAGAAGGCAAAUAAAUACACCAACCUGCAGGAGGCCGGGGUGAGGAUUGUCCCGUUUGAGAGGUGUAACCUGCCUGAAGUCUACGGCAACCAUGUGACCUCCAACAUGGUCUGUGCCGGGACCAACCGAUGUGUGGAUGCCUGCCAGGGUGACUCAGGAGGCCCCCUGGCUUGUGUUAAGGAUGAUGUCAGCUUCCUGUAUGGAGUUAUCAGCUGGGGCGAUGGCUGUGGAAAGACUGGGAAGCCUGGCGUCUACACCAAAGUCGUUAACUAUGUGAACUGGAUCAACACAAUUAUCAAGCGCAAGCCCAAGUCUAAAUAAAUGGACAUUACAGCUAGUAUUUUUUAUAUGUACUAUGUGUACAUACUGUGGAAGAAUAGUGAUAUUUACACAACUGUGAAAUAAAUAUUAUUUUGU